CUCUCUCACUUUAAAGCCAAUCGUUGUGUGUGGAGGUUGGCUCGGUCUGUAACGACGCAAACACGUGAAGAAAAUAAGAAUUAAAAUUCUGAAAUUUUCUUCGCUUUAUUUUACGAAGAAAUUAAGAAAAAGCGAAACGAACGGGAAAAAACGAAAUUGCCACAAGAAAAAAGUUGAAUCAUCUUUUGUAAUUAAUUGCUUUGUAUCCUUUUUCCACAUUUCUUCGUUAGUGUCACGCCCAACAACUGAGCCACAAUGCCUUCGGACGCCAAAAAACGCGAUGCCCAACGCAAAAAGGACGCACGCAACAAGAAAAUCACCACCAUUUCAUCGGCCAAGAAAACAAAUGGUGUCACCAAUGGCAAUAAUGAGCCACCACGUGAAAUGACCGAAGAGGAGAAAUUGUGUGCCAAACUGGAAGAGGAGGCACGCAUCUCUGCCGAAGCUAGAGCCUGUACCGGUUCCCUGGCCUCACAUCCUCGUUCACGUGAUAUUAAAAUAGAAAAUUUCUCCAUUACAUUCUUUGGCAGUGAACUGCUGCAGGACACCAUGUUGGAAUUGAAUUGUGGCCGACGUUAUGGUGUUAUUGGCUUAAAUGGUUGUGGUAAAUCAUCAUUGUUGGCUGUAUUGGGUAAUCGCGAGGUGCCCAUACCAGAACAUAUGGAUAUUUUCUAUUUGUCAAGGGAAAUUCCUGCCAGUUCCAAGACGGCCUUGCAGUGUGUCAUGGAAGUCGACGAGGAAAGAGUUAAGCUGGAAAAACUGGCCGAAGAAUUGGCCAUGAGCGAAGAUGACAACGAUCAGGAACAGUUGAUUGAUAUUUAUGAACGUCUUGAUGAUAUGGCUGCCGAUUUGGCCGAGGUAAAGGCUGCGCGCAUUCUUCACGGUUUGGGUUUCGACAAGCAAAUGCAACAGAAACAGGCCAAGGAUUUCUCUGGUGGUUGGCGUAUGCGUAUUGCUUUGGCCCGUGCCCUUUUCGUUAAACCCCAUUUGCUGCUGCUCGAUGAACCGACCAAUCACUUGGAUUUGGAUGCUUGUGUGUGGCUGGAGGAAGAGCUGAAGGAAUACAAACGUAUUCUAGUCAUUAUAUCGCAUUCCCAGGAUUUCCUUAACGGUGUGUGUACCAACAUCAUACACAUGACCCAGAAACGUUUGAAAUACUAUGGUGGCAACUAUGAGGCAUUUGUGCGUACCCGCAUGGAACAGCUGGAAAAUCAGGCCAAACAAUAUGCCUGGGAACAGGAUCAAAUUGCCCAUAUGAAAAACUAUAUUGCACGUUUCGGUCACGGUUCUGCAAAACUGGCCCGCCAAGCCCAAUCCAAGGAGAAGACAUUGGCCAAAAUGGUAGCCCAGGGGUUGACGGAAAAGGUCUCGGAUGACAAAGUGUUGAAUUUCUAUUUCCCCUCGUGCGGCACAAUUCCACCACCCGUUAUCAUGGUGCAAAAUGUCAGUUUCCGCUACAAUGAGAAUACCCCCUGGAUUUAUAAGAAUCUGGAGUUUGGUAUUGAUUUGGAUACUCGUCUGGCCUUGGUGGGACCCAAUGGUGCUGGCAAAUCAACCCUGCUGAAAUUGUUAUAUGGUGAUUUGGUGCCCACAUCCGGCAUGAUUCGCAAAAAUUCCCAUUUACGUAUUGCCCGCUAUCAUCAGCAUUUGCAUGAAUUGUUAGAUUUGGAUGCCAGCCCCCUGGAAUACAUGAUGCGUGCCUUCCCCGAAGUCAAGGAAAAAGAAGAAAUGCGUAAAAUUAUUGGCCGUUAUGGCUUGACCGGGCGACAACAGGUGUGUCCCAUACGUCAGCUGUCCGAUGGCCAGCGUUGUCGUGUGGUGUUUGCCUGGCUGGCAUGGCAGGUGCCACAUUUGCUGCUGCUUGAUGAACCUACCAAUCACUUGGAUAUGGAAACCAUUGAUGCUUUGGCUGAUGCCAUCAAUGAUUUCGAUGGUGGCAUGGUGUUGGUUUCUCACGAUUUCAGAUUGAUUAAUCAGGUGGCUGAAGAGAUUUGGAUUUGUGAAAACGAAACGGUUACCAAAUGGAAUGGAAACAUUUUGGACUACAAAGAUGCUUUGAAAAAGAAGAUUGUCAAUGAAAACGAAAACAAGGGAGGCAGCAAAAAGAAAUAGAAUUAGCAAACACACACACACCAACACACAACCACAUGAAACUGAAACAAACACUACGGUAGAACUAUGUAUUUUUUUCAAAUAGUGUAGAUUUAUGUUUUGGUUUCAGAAAACAACAACAACAACAAUAUAUACUUAUACUAGGAACUUGCUCUAUUCUUGAAGUGAUCGAAUUUUUUACCCCCUCCCCAAGAACACUAUUUUAUGAUUUUGAACCAAUCUUUUUUUAAAUAUUUUUUGUUUCCAUUGUGAAUCUUUGAGAAUAUAACAACAACAGCAACAUAGUUAGAACUAUAAAGAUGUUUCUUAAAAUAAAAACAAAACAAAAAAUAGACAAAUUAUAACACUUAAAGGAAAACGAUAACCGAAUGUACUACACAUUUACAUACAUAAAAGCUAUAUCAAAUCUAGAGAUUUAUAAAACAAAAAUACCUAUAUAAAGAAAUGAAUGACGUUCUUCAACAAAUCUACACAAAUUUCAAUGUGAUUUUAUAUGUUAAAAAAACCUUUCACAAUAAUAAGUUAUAUUAAACAACUGAAAAAAAAAAACAACAUUUACACAUUUAUUAAACCUCCCUCUAUUCUUUGUCCCCAAAUCUAAACACGGACAUUGGAAAAUAUUUAGCCCAAAUUUUGCCUCUUUUUCCUCCACCUCUAAAUCAAAUAGAAAACAAUCAAGCUAGCAAAAAAUUGUUGUCAAGUCAUGAAAAAAAGUAUUGCAAACAACCUAAGCAAGCCCAGAACGCAAUAGAUGCUAUUUUGGUAUAAAUUCUAAAUUUGUUUUAUUUUCAAAAUCUUUUUAUUUUUUUUUUCUUUUAAAUUUUAUUUUUAUUUCUGUUAUAUUUUAACUUUUUGAGUUUUUUUUAUUUUAAAUUUUGGCAAUUUUUUUAUAAAAAUUAUUUUUUUUUUUUGGAAAAAAAAAAACGAAAAUAUUGAAAAUAAAAUUAUGAAUAAUGUAUUUACCCAAAAUGCAAAAGGAAAAUAACCAAGAAAAAUACUAUAAAAACCACAACAACAAAAAAAUAUUUGGAUGAAAUAAAUAACGAAUUAUAUUAAAAAUCCCAUAUUUCAUCUGACUUCAAAAAA